AUGCGCUCCUUUGCCCUCGCUGCCCUCGUCGCCCCCAUCGCGGUCACCCAGGCCCUUGACAUUGUUGGUCCCAGCCAGUCUGCCUUCUGGGUAUUCAACACCUCCAAUUCCAUCUCCUGGUCGUUCGCCGCAGGCGACCCCAGUCCCAUCAACAUUGUCAUCGUUAACUCGGACAAUGCCACCCUGAACGGACCUUUCUCGAUUGCUACUGGCGUGAACGUCAACGAGACUGCUCAUGUCGCCAUUUUUAGCACCAAUGUCACUCUUCGCCCCGGAGACAACUACCAGGUCCAGUUUGUGAAUACCACCAACCAGACCGACGUCUUCGCAUCUAGCACUGCCUUCACCAUGAAGCCCAACGGAUCCGAGCCUGCCGCUCCGGUCUCCGUCUCGUCCGCAGCGAGCAGCACCGCGACCUCGCCCUCGGGCUCCCGCACAUCCUCGUCUUCCUCCGCCACCGCAACUGGCGCUGCAAGCAACACCGGUGGCGCGCUCUCCUCCAACCAAGGCGUCCUUGGCGUCCUCGCUGCGUGCGGCCUUGUGUCGCUUUCUGCGCUCAUCCUCUGA